UAGUAUACCAGUCAAUGUUUACAAAUGGCGGAAACGAAAAUAGUUUGAUUUUAUUGAAAAAUCAAAAAAAGAAUUAUAGAAUGAUUCACUUAACCAUUUUAUAGCAAAGAGAUGCUUCAGUAACACCAUAAAGAUGGCAACACAUUUCAUCUGUCAAAGUACAGAGCCUUUGGCUCACAACUAUCCAAGUGGGCUGGCUGGUAGAACACAUGGGGCAGUGUCACAGUAUGAAGUAUACAACAACAGUACUAAGCCACACACUCGUUUUCCUCCACCUGGCUGGGAUUUUUCUCAUUCAUCUGAGGAGGAUUCUCUCCCUUUGCUGCAUACAGCUCCACAACCAGAGUCUAAAAACUCCUCAUUCAUGUAUGAUCCAGAUUUAUGUAUAACACCACAAAAAGCUAAGAGUUCCAGCAGCACCACAUUUAGCUCAUUUGAUGAUGUUAUUUUUAAAAAACCAGAUGCCAAUCCAGAUCCAGAUUUAACACUCACCCCUAUGAAAGCCCUGGAUGAAAUUUCUAAAGUAAGAUCUGAAAUAAAUAAUGAUAAAGGUAAAAAACCGAGAGUAAGAUUCGACUUGGAUGAAACAGAUCCAAAUGUGAAUGAAUAUAUACCUAAAAAAUCAUCACCUGAUAAACAAUAUAAGCCAGAACUUUAUGAUGAAGAUGAUGAUGAUUAUGAAUUUGAUAUAGGUCCUGAAGGGACAAAAGUGUUGAGUGAAAGAUCUGAAAAUGCUAGAAAUGUUAAGUGUACAGUAGAAAACUAUAAUAGCCAGUCCGUGUUUGACCCACUUAAAGAAACUUGCACUAAUCAAGGACAAAUGUUUAAGUCCAGUAAUGUGAUAAAAGCGAAAUCUCAAGUAGAUAAAAGUGAUAAAAAAGGAAACAAGACCAUUCCAAAGACACAAACUGUUGGUCAGAAAGUUGUUAAGGUUGUAAGGGAAAAGUCUGAUGCACCACGACAAGCUUCAAUACCACAAUUACCAGUGGUGGAGAAGGGAGAUCCAAUAGCUGCAUGUAGGGUACCGGAAAAGACCGGACCAAAGAGGAAAGUGAAGGUCCUUCGAGAUAAUCAAUAUACCCAUGUGGAAGCUGAAUGCAACUACCCAUUCAGAGAGAACCCAGUAGAUGACUAUGCUGGUGGUGAAGAGCAUAUGUUUGCACGACCCGAGUAUAACAGUACGUUGAGGAUGAAGUUAGAGGCAGAGAAACUGAAGGAAAGCUCAGUUGACCUUGACACGGCAUUACAAAGAAAACUGAAAGUUUCACAGUCUACAAAAGCAGAUAUCAAUGAAAAGGCAGCAAGUUUGGUUAACACAGAAGGGACAGCAUUUAGUGGUCUCGUUAGUCUAAAUGUUCCCGCAGAAGAAGUAUGUAAACAAGCUGUGGAGAUGAAAUCUGCCAGGGCUAAACAAAUUAAAAUGCCAAAAUCUAAGUUCAAGGACCACAGAGAGCCAGAUUUAAUGGAGUUUUUCUCAAGCGAGCGUCAGAAGGAGAGUGUCACGUUGUCACUGCCAGGAAUUUCUGCCCCGUCAGAACAUCUAUCUACUGCGUCACAUUCAAGAGCAUUUGAUUUAUAUAAACAUAACAGA